UGCACCGGCCCCUGCGUCUUCGGCCCCGCCCGCGCCGGGGUCGUUGCAGUCCCCGCGGCUGUCCCCAGCUCCCUCCUCAGGCGCCCUGGCUUCAUUCCAGCCUGGGGAGUGACUCCGGGGGGAGCGCGGCACAGCGAGGGAGGCCAAGGCGGGGGACCUGGGCACUUCAGCUCCCCCAAACUGGAGGUGGCCCCGACUCCUGGAGCCGAAACGCAGGGAAAGGCAAGGACGGGGCGGCCGGCGGAGGGGCGGGAGCCGCUCAUCAGCCACGCCAGUCACGUCUGGGGCCACCGGCCUCCUUUUCUUCCUUUCCCCCUUUGCUUUCUCCCCCCUCUCCCUUUGGCGAGGGCAAAGUGGCCGUGGCGGCGCCAUGCCCGGGCCGGAGUGAGUCGCACGGGCGAAAAUGGCGUACAUCCAGCAUACGGUGCAAAUCAACCCGAAAUGCUAAAGUUUCCCAUUUAUUCGGUAUUGGUUAGCCAGGAGGCUACCAGCAGCUCUGGGGAUAGCAACACCUUGUUAGGAAGUCAGCUCCCUUCCCAGGAUGUUGGAACCUUUAAACGAGGGAUUUCUUUCUAGAAUCUCCGAUCUGCUGCUGUGCAGAUGGACUUGCCGGCACUGCUGUCAGAAGUGCUAUGAGUCCAGCUGUUGCCAGUCGAGUGAGGAUGAAGUUGAAAUUCUGGGACCUUUUCCUGCCCAGACUCCUCCCUGGCUCACAGAGACGCCAGUCCCUGGGGAUUCUCUGACAACCGUUGAGACCUCUCCCUCCCGUAGGAUGGCCAGCAGGAGCGGUGACAAGGACGGGGACUCCGUCCAUACUGCCAGCGACGUCCCGCUGACCCCACGGACCGACUCCCCAGAUCGGAGAUGCUCGUCCUCCGACACAUCGAAGUCUACAUACAGCCUGACCCGGCGGAUUUCAAGCCUCGAGUCCAGACGACCCAGCUCCCCGCUCAUCGAUAUUAAACCCAUUGAGUUCGGCGUCCUCGGCGCCAAGAAGGAGCCCAUCCAGCCCUCGGUGCUCAGACGGACCUAUACCCCAGACGACUAUUUCAGGAAGUUCGAGCCCCGGCUGUACUCCCUGGACUCCAACAGCGACGACGUGGACUUCCUGACGGACGAGGAGAUCUUGUCCAAGUACCAGCUGGGCAUGCUGCACUUCAGCACCCAGUACGACCUGCUGCACAACCACCUGACGGUGCGCGUGAUCGAAGCCCGGGACCUGCCGCCCCCCAUCUCCCAGGACGGCGCGCGCCAGGACAUGGCCCACUCCAACCCCUAUGUCAAGAUCUGCCUCCUGCCAGACCAGAAGAACUCUAAGCAGACGGGGGUCAAGCGCAAGACGCAGAAGCCCGUCUUUGAGGAGCGCUACACCUUCGAGAUCCCCUUCCUGGAAGCGCAGCGGAGGACCCUGCUCCUCACCGUGGUGGACUUCGAUAAGUUCUCACGCCACUGUGUCAUUGGGAAGGUGUCCGUGCCUCUGUGCGAGGUCGACCUGGUGAAGGGCGGGCACUGGUGGAAGGCGCUGAUCCCCAGCUCCCAGAAUGAAGUGGAGCUGGGGGAGCUGCUUCUGUCACUGAAUUAUCUCCCAAGUGCGGGGAGACUAAAUGUUGACGUCAUUCGAGCCAAGCAACUUCUUCAGACAGAUGUGAGCCAAGGUUCAGACCCCUUUGUGAAAAUCCAGCUGGUACAUGGACUCAAGCUUGUGAAAACAAAGAAGACAUCCUUCUUAAGAGGCACAAUUGAUCCAUUCUAUAAUGAAUCCUUCAGCUUCAAAGUUCCCCAAGAAGAACUGGAAAAUGCUAGCCUAGUGUUUACAGUGUUCGGUCACAACAUGAAGAGCAGCAACGACUUCAUCGGAAGGAUUGUCAUCGGCCAGUACUCCUCAGGCCCGUCCGAGUCCAACCACUGGCGGCGGAUGCUCAACACUCACCGCACGGCUGUCGAGCAGUGGCACAGCCUCAGGUCCCGGGCCGAGUGCGACCGUGUGUCUCCUGCCUCGCUGGAGGUGACCUGAGGGCUGCAGGGAAGGCAGGUGUCGUCUGUUUUGAAAAAAUAAAUGAGAAAAAAAAGGAAGAAAAUUUAAGACAAAAAAAAAAUGUGUCAUCUACCUGUUACAUCCACACUUGCAUACACACUCACCACACACAUACACGCACACACACCAGAAAUUCUCUCAGAACUGAGAGGAAGCUGACUGUUGAUCACGAAUGGCCACUCUCAAUGAGCGAGGCCUGAGAACUUUCUGGAAGCCCCAUCCGUAUGCCACAAGCCGAGCUGGCAUUGCUGUGAGACUUACUGGCAGUGCUCGCUGUGGUUGACGUCCCCCCCCACGCACACCCCAAACGCACUUUCAACCUUCAGCCCAGAGGACGGGCCUCCGGAAGGGUGCCGGCCUCCAUCAAGGAGAAACUGCCCAAGAGUUUGGCCGAUGUGGGGGAGGCCUGACCCCCACGCCCAAAAUGCACACCCACUGGGUGGCUUUGGAACAGGCUGCUGUUCCCUGGGGUUCUUUGAACCUGAUACCUUUCCUCCAAAGUGUAAGUGCUUUGUCUUCUCCUUCGUGGACAUGAUAAAUAGAUUAGACUAUUUGAAGAACCAAUCAGCAACAAAAAAAUAUUCCAGUGUAAGAAACCUCUCCUGGCUUAACCGAAUUUUUCCCCGUGUUAGCCUCUUCCUGGGCACUCCCUGCGGGCACGUAUGUGGACGUUCUCGUGCGUGUGCCCUCACAGGUGGACGUGUGUGAGCCCCUGUGUCCUGUGGUGAGCAAGGCAGUGGGCC